AUGGGAGUCUGGAUGUUUAGUGAGAGUCACAAAGGAUUUACUAUCUUUUUCCAUAAUCUCUCAUAUGACGGAUCAUUCCUGUUACAGUACUUAUUGUCACAAACUCUGCGACCCUCGUUCAUUAUUUAUCGAGGUAGCAAGAUUCAGAUGUUUAAUGUCGACGCAUUAAACAUUAGAGUCCUGGACUCUUACAAUGUCCUCCCCAUGGCUUUAGCCAAACUCCCCAAGGCCUUCCAGUUGGACUCUUUAAAAAAGGGAUAUUUUCCUCAUUUCUUCACGAGCGCAAAUAAUUUGAACUACGUUGGAACCUAUCCUCCCGCCGAAACAUACGGACCUCAUGCGAUGUCAGUAGAGGGUAGACUUGAGUUUUACAAAUGGUACGAGAGCAAAAUUGCCGACAAUGCUGUGUUUGACUUUCAAAAAGAAAUGCUCGAAUACUGCCGUAGUGAUGUAGACAUCCUCCGACGAGCCUGUCUGAAAUUUAAGAACCUUCUGUGGGAAGCAACCUCAAUAGAUGGCGGUCAUGGUGUAGAUGCUUUCGAGUCUUGUACCAUAGCAUCACUCUGCAUGAAUGUCUUCAAGACCAAAUUCUUACCGGAAGAUUGGAACAUACUUGUUCAGGAAAACAAUCAAGAACGAUGGUUACUCGAGCGACGUCUCAAUGGUAAGGCAACAGUUUGGUAUCAGGAUCGAUGGAUUCCUAGCAAGGACCUCGGACUUGAAAUCUUAAAGGAGGAAUUUGUGUCCUCCCCCAUUGCUCGACCUCCUCCAAAGGGAUAUCACUCAAAAGUCAACUUCAGCAAGAAAUCCAUUGCUUGGCUGGAGUGGCUACGACAUUGCGAACGAAAAGAGGGGAGGAAACUGGACAUUAAACACGCCCUCACUUCAAAUGGAGAGUAUCGCAUACCUGGAACGCGGUAUUCGGUAGAUGGCUACGUAAUGCCUAGUGUCGAUAAUCGCGGUGGUGUUGCAUACGAGUUCCACGGAUGUCGCUAUCACGGUUGUCCCGUUUGCUACAAGAAUCAGGAAAUCGUUCUCGUACCUGGUUCAAAGCAAACGGCGCUGGAAUUGUUGGCACUUACGAAAAGAAAAGAGAAUCGGCUCCGAGAACUCGGACUCAAAGUUGUCGUCUGUUGGGAACAUGAUUUUGAUGCUUUGUUAAAAACAAAUCCCGAAGCUAAGGCGUUUGUCGAUCAACUCGAUCUGGUUGACAGACUAGAUCCCCGCGACAGACUAAUGGGUGGACGCACAAACGGAUGCACGUUAUAUAAGAAAGCCACAAAGGGAAUGAUGAUUCAUUAUGUGGAUUUCACGUCCUUGUAUCCUUUUGUGAAUAAGACCUGUCAAUAUCCGGUUGGUCACCCUGAGAUCAUUACUCGAGAUUUUUCUGAUCUCUCAUCUUAUUUUGGAUUAGCUAAAGUCAAAAUCUUACCUCCACGAGGUCUCUUUCAUCCUGUCUUAGGAUAUCGUACUGGAGGUAAAUUAACAUUUCCUCUUUGUCGAACGUGCGUGGAAAAUCAACACCAAUCUCCCUGUACCUGCUCCGACGACCAGAGAGCCUUGACUGGAACGUUCUGCACUCCUGAACUUAUCAAAGCCAUCGAAAAAGGGUAUAGAGUUUUAAAAAUCUAUGAAGUCUACCACUGGAAAGAGACCUCACAGUAUGAUCCGAAGACGCAAACUGGGGGUCUCUUUGCCUCCUACAUCAACCUGUUUCUCAAAAUUAAACAGGAGGCUAGUGGACGACCUUCGUGGGUCAAGUCUGACGAGGAUCUCAGGAGGUAUGUGGAAAAGUACGAGCAAAGAGAAGGUAUCAAACUAGAUUCGUCUAAAGUGGAACACAAUGCAGGUCUCAAAAGUCUGGCUAAACUCCUUUUGAACAGCUUCUGGGGUAAAUUCGGUCAACGUCAAAAUCAAACCAAAACCAAGUUCUUACACGAUAGCCAGGCCAGUGAACUUUUUGGUCAACUAACAAAUCCAACCGUGGAGGUUGUCGAUUUUCAAAUUGUCAACGACGAAAAUCUAAUGCUUUCUACAAAACGCAUCUCCGAGGAAUUAUGCUUACCUGGUCAUACUAAUGUAUUUUUAGCUUCCUUUACCACCUGCUGGGCGCGGUUACAGCUCUACGAUUUACUGGAUCGUUUACAGACACGUGUGCUCUACUGGGACACUGAUUCCGUGAUUUUUACCUCGAUCGAGGGGCAGUGGAACCCUCCCGUCGGUGAUUAUCUCGGAGAGCUUACAAACGAGCUCGAUGAGGAUGAUUGGAUUACAGAAUUUGUCUGUAAUGGUCCUAAAAAUUACGCUUACCAGACACACAAAGGUAAACGGGUGUGUAAAGUCAAGGGGUUUUCCUUGAAUUUCGACAACUCACAGAUCCUAAACUUGGAGAACAUGAAAGACGCCAUGUUUAAUCGAAAUGAACCUGGUGUAGGAGAUUAUCAGACCAAGAAUCCAAGUAAAAUUUGUCGCGAGAAAAUACAGUCAGAAAUUUACUCUCAGGAAGAAGUUGAACAGUACUCAGCAGUCUACAGCAAACGUGUCGUUCAGACAAACCUUUCAACUCUACCAUAUGGUUACUAA